UAUUACUUACGUUUAUUUAUUGUGAUAUCAUAUGGGCUUGGCUGAUAAAUUUAUAAGCAAUAUUUUUUCUUAUAUUUUAGGAAUAAUGUACAGAACAUAAUGGAAGUUAUUGUGGAAUAUGAUUAUACAGCAAAGGAACCUGAUGAGCUAACUAUAAAAAAAGGAGAUAUAAUUAAAGAUGUAGUUAAAAAGCAGGGAGGGUGGUGGGAAGGGGUGUUAAAAGAUAAAAAAGGAAUGUUUCCGGAUAAUUUUGUAAGGGCUUUGGAUAAGGAUUCUUCUGUUAUUUUACGAAAUAAAAAGGAUGUAUCGAGAAUAAGGCAAUGCAGAGUGGUUUUUUCAUAUAAUCAGGAUCACGAAGAUGAAUUAAAUUUAAAUGUAGGCGACGUUAUUAACAUUAUUGGUGAAGAGGAAGAGGGAUGGUGGAGAGGUGUUCUCAAUGGAAAACAAGGAGUAUUUCCUUCAAAUUUUGUUGAAGAAAUAGUGCUUCAGCUGCCUCAUCCCAAGCCAAGUACUAGAGAGGACAUUACCAGCAUUGCUGGCGAUGCUGAUUUGAAAGUUCCUAAAUUGCCUAUUAAACCAAGUAAACAAUUAUGUGAAGUUAAGUUUCCCUAUAAAGCUCAGAAUGAGGAUGAGCUUUCUCUUAAAGAAGGAGACGUAAUUACUUUAAUAAAUAAAGAUAGCCAAGAUCCGGGGUGGUGGACCGGAGAACUAAACGGGAAAAUUGGAGUUUUUCCAGAUAAUUUUGUAUCUCUUAUUUCAAGUACAGAUGACAAAUCUAGUUAUAAAGAAGAAAAUAAAUCUAGUGCGGAAACAGGUGCCAUAAAACCCAGUUCAAUAGCGUUACAACGAAAAUCCCUAGAAGGUAAAAAUGACAAAGUUAACGGUGAUCCGAAUAUUACCACAAAUAAGACUCCACCACCCCCAGGCAAAAAACCUUUAGUUCCAAUAAAAAAGUCUCCGUCAGUUUCGGGCAUAGGACUGUUCUCAGAAAUUAAAAAGAAGCUAGUUGAUGUAGUAGACGGAGCUACCGGAAGCAAAAGUGUAAUCAUUAAAGCUGAAGCGUCAGAAACAAAGAGCAGUAGUAGUGACAAUGCGUUCGACCAAAUAGAAAGGAGGUCUUUACUGACCGAUGUCAGGGCUACUAGGGUUAAGGCACCAGGUCGACGAUUGCCUACCGCUAUACAUAAAGAUGAAGACAAUACAGUGAUAAAUGGAAACGCAGAGCAUAUUUCGGAGUCGGACGUCCAUUCGAGUAACACGGCGGAAUCGGACAGUUUCGAAAAGCGACGUGUGAGGGAAUGGGAAAAACACAAAGCUCCGUGGUUAGAGGAAAUGAAACUUAAUCAGGCUAAACGAACUUCCACGUCCCCGGGACCCGAAAAUAAACUAAAACUGACACCUACUGCUGAUGGUAAUUCGGAAAUGGAAGAAUCGAAUUCGGAUAAAUCGGUAGAAAAACAAAGUGACUUGUCCAAAUCAAUGCCGCCUAUGGAUUUGUCGAAGUCUCUCUCGUCCACGGGCAACAAACCGAAAAUUACCAAUGAGAUGGACAAAGCACCCAUCGUGAGAGAGAAACCAAAUCUACCUUCCGUGUCAAUAAACAGGCAGUCGUUGCCCAUCAACAUAAAGGAUAAUCCCGUCGCUAAUAGGACCAUCCUUAAUGCGACCGCGGUAAUUAAAGAUAGUCCAGCGGCCAAGCCACCUAAAGUACCGCAAAUUUCACCUGUAACUAACAGAAAUUCGGCUCCUCAAAAACCUUCGGUAGAGAAACCAAACGAGGUUGUAAUAAACAGUGAAAACCAUGACGUUUCUCAUAAACAAUAUAGCCAAUUACUAGAGAGACUGCAAAAACUAGAAAUAAUCGUCGAAAAUCAAAAGCACGCUAUCGAAGAUUUGAGAAAUAAGCUUCAAAUAGAGACUGAUAUGAGGAUGAUGCUUCAAGAAAAAGUAUUGCAAAAGUUAUAGGUUCGAUCGUUUGAUUACUCUAUUUCUACUUUUCUGUUUCGGCUUCUUGUUUCGACUUCGGCUAUUUAAUGUUUUUUGUGCAAAAGGGAACCAAUUUUUAGUACAUACACAAAAAAAUCAGUGGUACAAUAUUAAAUUCCUUGAAGGGAAUUUAUAAAUUUACCACCAAAAUCUAACCACUUUUUAAGAAAAGUUCAUUUUUUUUAUUUGAUUUUAGGGUUCUUGUUUCAAACACAGAUUCUGUGACUUCAUUAAAGUUUUAAAUAGUUCAAAUACCAAAUUAUUCUUAGGUUGAGAGGUAAUUGAUUUUUCGAAUUUUUUUAGUUUAACUUUUUUUAAUAUCAAAGAGUUUCAAAGUAAAACAUUUUUCUAAUUUACCAAAUGAAAUAUACUGUGUCCCAGUGGCGUGCGGUGACAUUUCCAGCAAGGGAAGCAACUUCGUUUUUUAAUUUAACUUUUUUUUAAUAUCAAAAAGUUUUGAGGUAAAACAUAUUUUUAAUUUACCAAAUGAAAUAUACUGUGUCCCAGUGGCGUACGGUGACAUUUCCAGCAAAAAAAGCAACCUCAAAAAAUGCAUCUGUUUAUUUAUUUAUUUAUUUAUUUAUACUGCAUACAUACAAACAAAGGGACAGUCCAAUUACAUGUAUACAGUUGAGAAAUGUUUAUAAUGUAGUUUCGCCGUUUCGUCCUCUUUGGUGAAUUUUUUUUGUAUAAGUUAGUUACGACGGAAUAUUAAGUUAAAUCAAAAAAGUUUGUGAUGUUCUGUAGCUCCGUUAAUAUUGAGUUUUCAAAAAUUUGUCGUAGCAACUCUUAGGCACUAUUUUUAGUACAAUCAAUUCCUAAUUUUUUUAGAACUUUAUUUGGGUCGCUCUAUAUUAGAUAUCAACGAAUCGUCAUUCAAUCAUUGAUCAUCGAUUAUUUAAAACAUUGAUCUCAAUAAACAUCUGAUACAUGAUUUUCCGAAUACGUUUUAGUUUUUUAGUUGAAAUUCUUCCCUUGCUUCUACGAUGUGCAUGCCCUUAUUAUGUUGUAUUUUGUUGCAUUCUACCUUUAAAUUUGGCAAUUUCAAUGUGUGCAGAUCAUUAACAUAAAUAAAAAACAAAUGAAGUUCGGUAGACCUUAAGAACACACAAAUGUAGUAAUUAUAACUUCAUCAAAAUUACAGGUCUAGCUUGCUACGAUUGUUUUUAAACGCAGAUUUUUCAAAAAAAUUGGAUUAAUAAUUAUACGAAAUCUAAAAAUAAAAUAAUAUUUUUUUCCCAAAUUCAGGUAUCGCACAGACCAAAAUUAUUUCGCUUUCCUAAAAUGAAUGGUUGUGAAUUAAAAAUAUUAAUUUAUAAUUAUAAUUUUAUGGCAAAAAAAUAGCCAAAAACAAUGUAUACAAUUAUAGCCGGUAAAUGAACGAAUCUAUGCAAUUUUUAGCCUGCUCAAUAGUUAUCUCAAAGGCAGCACUUCGUAAAAAUUUGAUUAAAUAUAGUAGAAUUUCAAUAACCCGAAGUAAAGCAUUCCAAACUUUGUCCGAAUUAGUGAAUAUUCCCGAUUAUUGAAUAACAAACGGACAAAAUAUUAUUUUUAUACUGUUUGUGUAUGUACAAUUACAACUAUAUUAUUUUUUCCUUUUAGAUACUUAAUUUUUCACGAUCAGAAUAUUUAAAAAAAAAGUCAAUUUAUUACAUAAUUGUUCAAAAAAUAAACUGAAAAGUAGGUUUUAUAUUCACUUGUAUAGUGAAGGGCAAUUUGCCAAACUUUAAGCAAUUAAAUUUUAUAACAUUAUCCCAAUACUUAGUAUUAAAAUUUAUAAUUAUUUGUGCUUUAAAAAUAUAUAAUUUUAUGGCAUUAUUCCAAAUCUUAGCGUUAAGAUUUAUGACAACUAUUGUGCUAGUUUACGUGUUUCUGUUUAAUAAAACUACAUACAGGUGUAAGUUACGGUAAGCAACUCAAACGGAAGGUGAAAAUAUCUUUUAGGUAAAAAGUUUUUUGUGAUGAAAAUAGAAUAUUUUCUAUUUAAGUUUAAGAUCAGAUACAUUUUUUAUACCAUCCCUAUAUAGUUGUUAUGCUAAUUAGUGCUUUUUUGAGUUUAAUUUGUUUAAAUCUUUAAAUUUUUUGUUUUUGCCGAUACAAUCCCGACAAUGAUAACAUUAAAUCGCCGAUAACAUAUAUGAAAGCAUUUGCAUGCAGCUUUUGGGUAUCUGUUAAUAAAACCAUGUAAAAUUUGUACAUUAAUGCAGCUAGCUCGGUUCCGUGAAACCUUUUUACCAAACUAGCAUUUAUCGUAGUUAUAGGAACCCUAAAAAGUAUUAUCCAAGAAAAAUGCUACACAAUUUUAAGGAUUACAUUUUAAAAGUGACAUAUUUAUUUAUAAUAUUAGUUAGCAAGGUAUCGUUUAGCUGUUAUACUGUAUUAAUAUAUUUUUAUACAUAUAUUAGAGAAUAAUUUUUAAGGGCCAUUCCAUAAAAUGGAUUUUUUUUAUGUUUAAACAAUUUUCUUUUACGUUUUCCAUAUAUAUUGUAUAAUUGUUUCAUAGAGCUGAUUAACCCUGUACAUGCUACUUUUCCCCGGCUGGUUGACCAUGGAAAUUAAAUCGGACCCGCCAACAAAUAUUCAUUUGUCCUCGUAGAAAAUAGCCAUUAAAAUUGAUUAAAUUAACAGAAUAAAACUUGCAAUAAAUAUGCAUCAUAUUCAACAAUAAAAAGUUUGUUAAGUAAUAGAUUUUGGUAAUUAUCGGUAUUUACAAUCGUCUGUGUAUCGUUAGAAACUCUAAAAAGCGUCGAAUGGUGCCAUCUUUAAGAAUACGCAAAAUUAAAAAAAAUUGAGAGACCUGUAGCCAAUUUAGUUUCUCGCCAGUUCAAUAAAGACGAAAAACACUGUUUAACGUUUUUUUUUGGAAUUUCUGGCGAUGCAGAUUGUGUUAAAUUCCUUUCCAUAUGAUGCGUACUUUUUGCCUGUCGCUGCUAAUUAAACAAUCGCUCUCUGAAUUAGCGGUUUUUUAGACUCGUGUUAAUUCAUUUUGUAUAAAUUAUUGAUUGAUUAUUGAAUUCAACUAUUAUGUUGCAAAUUUAAAUAAUUUUGGAUAAAAUUGGAAAAAUAUUUUAUGCUGAACCCUCGACUGCUUGCACUAUAACCUCAAGUUGGCAGGAAUCGGGUAUUUUCAGAAAUAGUUGCUUGUCGAUCCCUUUAAGUUUCUGAAAAGCACUGUAAUUUUAUGUUAUUUAUUAUUUUUUUUAUACAAUUCUAGUACAGGCUACAUAAUGCUUAGUAAUCAUGGUCAACUUUGCUUAAUUGUACAGUCGAUAAUGUAAGAAAUGUUGUUAUUUAAAUUAGUACUUUAAAAAUGGUGAUAGGUGAUAUAUAUGCAAAAUGAAGGAUUUUAACCUGUUAAAUUAUGAAAAGAUUAUUCCAUAAAUAUAAAAACUAAUAUAAUUUUUAGGUCAUAUACGUUAUUGAUGCCUAUUUUAUUUCUAGUGUUACCAGUGAUAACAAUCGUUUAAAAAAAUGGGAAUUUACAUUUUUAUUUUAUUAUUUUUCUUUACCUAAAGAAAAUUAUAAAAUAUUUAAUAAAAAAUGAAAAUCGCCUCAUUUUCUUAUAAAUACGAGGAUAAAAUGUUAUCACUUUUUUCCCCACUUUAUUUUGUCAAAAAAAAAAGUUGAGACAGAAUGAUUUCACGAUUGUAAAAAUUUCUUCCGCAAACUUACGACUGCGACCGGACCCAGACCGAUCCUUUCUCCUCCAUACACUAAACGGUGAUUUGUGGUAUUCUCAGUAUUUCUCAGUUGACGACGAACCACUGCGACACGUAGAUAUCAUGCCGCCGUAAUCAAGAAAAAUCGAAAUUGCUGUAAUUGUCGGAGCAGUAAUAAUUUUUGCAGAGAAAAAAAAAAGAAACGAGUGUGGACAAAGGAAUGGUUACACAAAAGGAAUCAGUAUACUCAUUUUUUUCGCUUCAUUCAUUCGACGAAUCUGGCGACGAAAUGAAGAUCUGACGAAAUUUUUUUGUAACAAAUUCUUUUGUAGCAUUGGGAAAUACUUCAUUGCAUUUUAAAAUCAAAUUUUCGUAAGCCGCAUUUCUCCUCUGUACUCUUUGCUUGUUACGUCCCAUAAACAACCGUUUUCUCUAUAAAUACUGAUAAAUUCUUCCCAAAAUUCACGAUUAUCUUCGAGCCACAUUUUCAGGAAACAGCAUGGAUCAGUCCGGGUCGUAUCAUGAAUCCGUUCGUUGAUUCUGCGGACAUGCAUUAUUAUUAUUAUUACCAUGAUGAGUCAGUGCUGUCACAUUCACGAUAGAAUGUGUCGGCUGACUGGGUCCAACAGACUCGUCCGGCGGACCGGAGCUCCUGUGAGCAGGUUCUAUGGCACAUAGGCAACCAACAAAUAAUAAAAAUAAAAGACUUUCCUCCAUUCUAUCGCAGAUUUUCAGUAAAAUGGAGUUAGUUUGA